CGAUUCUUCAAGACUCCGCAGUUGCACCAGAACAUUGCAUUGUUCUGUCAUCUCGACUGCACUACUUGUCUUUUUGUUUUUUAGUUUCUAUUCUUUGACUAUUUGACUCAGGAUGCAGCUUUGGCAUACUGCUCUCCAGCUCUGUCUGCUGGCUUCAGCAGCAAUCCCGACCGCAGCAACAUCCUUGUGGGGGUUUACUGAUGCCACCGUGUCAGUUCAAACCAAAGGCGCGGGUGUCGGUUCUGGACUGAAGGAAAAAAUCCCCGACAACAAGCCGCUCUCCAAACCGGUCGCGCUCGGAAGCUCCGAUACCCUUAAAGUGAUCCUCACAGCACAGGAAGGAGGCUCCGCCAAACGAGCGCACCAAGUCUUCCUCCUACUUCAAGAUCCCAAAACCGGCUUAGAUGUCUCGUAUCCCUUUACGGUCAAGGAUAAUGGCAAAGCAAGGCUUGAGCUGACUCAAAAAGACCUCCCCCUUCAAUUCCUCUCCGUCGCCGAACCCCUGGACGCCAGAUUUGUCAUUGGAUCGUUUGGAAGCUCUCAGGCAUAUAAUGAACCUGCCUUCCCGUUGACAGUGGCCCGCAAUCCCGACGAACCAGUACCGACCGUCGAGGUUUCGCGAUAUGGCAAACUGCCCGAGAUUCACCAUAUCUUCAAGUCUGAUCCUCAGAGCCCGCCUGUCAUCGUGACUCUGGUUUUCAUUGGAAUGGUGCUGGCUGCAUUUCCAAUCCUCGGUGGCCUGUGGCUCUUCGUUGGCGUCAACCUCAACCAUCUGCCGACUGCCUUUAAGUCUGCUCCAGUUCCCCACGCCGUUUUCCUGGGAUCUCUGGUUUCUAUCGAAUGGAUCUUCUUCCUCUACUACUCCCACUGGACACUCUUCCAGAUCCUUCCAGCUGUCGCUGCGGCCGGUGUCGUCGCAUUCAUCAGUGGCAGCCGUGCUCUGGGUGAAGUGCAGGGCAGGCGCCUUGCAGGUCUCAGAUAGAUGCACAUAGUACUGGAUACUGUCAGUCUCGGGAGAUGAGCUGAUGCGCUUGUACUAGUAGGACCGGUCUUGAACCCUGAUAUACUGUCUGUAUCCUUUUACAUCGCACGUAAAAACAACGACACUGUACCAUAGCUUACUUCGAUCUCUAAAAUGUUACUUUUGGUACCUUCGAC